ACAAUUUAAAAAGAUUUAUUGGUUACAGAAGGCAAAAGCAAAGUCAGCACUGGGCGACAGAGGAGUCCUCACUCCACUAACUGCCGCACCCCCCCCCCCUUAGUUUGUUCCUUUUAAGCUGUUAAGUUUUUGGGUGACGUGCUCCUCCUCUAGUAGUUCUGCACAUGCUCCUCCAGUUGCUAGGGGGUCUUCUUCUGCCUUCUGGUGGUCGGGGGAUGAGGGUGAGUAGUCUUCCUCAGCCACUGACUCCUUUCUUGGCACUUAAAACAAUAUGUGAUUAUGCAAGCAAAGCAGAACACAUUCUGGCUUUUACUUUAAGGCCUAUCGAGCAUGCAAGCAAGCAGAGCAAAACAAUUAACAAGUUCUGGCGAUAUCUUUCUCAAGGUCUGUCAGGAGAUCAAAGCAGAACAAUUAACAUCCUGGCCUCACAAGUCUUGGCAAUAUUCCUUCAAGGUCUGUCAGGCGAACAAAAGGCUCCUUAUUUAUUACAAGGAGCUUCAUUAACUUAGACUAUUUAACCUAGAAACUUUUAAAUACUUAAAUUUUUGAGGUAUUCAAAACUGUUCCAUAUAAAGAGCAUUAGAAGGGGGGGGAGGGGGGGGAGAGGAAAGAGAGAGAGAAAGACAGAAGCUCUAUAGAAAGACACACACAUGGCUACCAACUCCUGGGGUUCCAGUGUGGGUGAGACACAGACCCCGGCAGAAGGCAGGGUACAGACCAUGGGCUGAGCUCCUGCUCUGUGUUUUAAGGCCCUGGGCCUUCGUGGACCUCCCCCAGGUGGGACUUGUGAUUGCUGGGGCAAUCAGGGCCUGGGUCAGCACCAGCCCCCUGUGUGACUGAUUGACAGCUCAUCCCGAGGUUUCUGGGACAUUGAUCUCAUCCAGCCUCUGACAGCGACCAUGGUGACACUACAGAACCUCAUGGAACCGUGGGUCAGUUGUGACAAUGCGGGUCCAAGGACACCAUGGUGACGCCAUGGAACCUCAUGGAACCAAAGAGACCAUUGUGACACUCUGGUGCUUCAUGGAGUCAGUGGGAUCCUUGUGAAACUCAGGGUCCCUAUGAAACCAAGGGUCAGUGAUGAAGCAGUGGGGCCCAUAGAACCAAGGAGCCAUUGUGACACAGUGGGGCCACAUGGAACCCAAGGGCCAUGGUGAUAUUGCAGGACCUUAUGGAAGCAAGAGGUCCUUAUAACACUACAGAAGCAAUGAGAAUAUUGCAACAAGGAGAAUAUUGUGUCACUACAGGGACUCAUGGAAUCAAGGAGACCAUGGUGACACUGUGGGGCCCCAUGGAACCAAGGGAACACGGAACAGGUCUGGCUAGCUGGGCCUCCUGGGGGCCACCUGAGAGGUCUGACUGACAUUGCCAUUUGGAGGGUCUCUUCUCAUCUGCUACUGAAACACUGGGGCUCUGGGCUUUCCUUCCUAUGGAAAAGCACCAUCAUUCUCCUCUAGGUACCCAUGGCCAAAAUUGUGAAUCCACCUCCACAAUUCCCUAUAUGCAUGGACAGCUCCCAGACCAAAGCUGCCGUGACUGGUCCCCAUACCAAGACACAGCAAAUGUCCAACAGCAGCUCCAUCAGCCACUUCCUCCUGCUGGCACUGGCAGACACACGGCAGCUGCAGCUCCUGCACUUCUGCCUCUUCCUGGGCAUCUCCCUGGCUGCCCUCCUGGGCAACGGCCUCAUCAUCAGCGCCGUAGCCUGCGGCCACCACCUGCACACCCCCAUGUUCUUCUUCCUGCUCAACCUGGCCCUCACUGACCUGGGCUGCAUCUGCACCACUGUCCCCAAAGCCAUGCACAAUUCCCUCUGGGACACAAGGAACAUCUCCUACUCAGGAUGUGCAGCACAGGUGUUUCUUUUUAUGUUCUUCAUGUCUUCAGAAUUUUCCCUCCUGACCAUCAUGUGCUACGACCACUACGUGUCCAUCUGCAAACCCCUGCACUAUGGGACCCUCCUGGGCAGCAGAGCUUGUGCCCACAUGGCAGCAGCUGCCCGGGCCUGUGGCUUUCUCAAUGCUCUGCUGCACACAGCCAAUACAUUUUCCCUGCCCCUGUGCCAUGGCAAAGCCCUGGGACAGUUCUUCUGUGAAAUACCUCAGAUCCUCCAACACUCCUGCUCAAACUGAAACUUCGCUGAAUUGCGCCUUCUUGCUCUUAGCAUCUGUUUAUGUAUUGCCUGUUUUGUCUUCAUUGUUUUCUCCUUUGUGCAGAUCUUCAGGGCUGUGCUGAGGAUCCCCUCUGAGCAGGGACGGCACAAAAUCUUUUUCACCUGCCUCCCUCACCUGGCUGUGGUCUCCUUGUUUCUCAGCACUACCAUAUUUUCACACCUGAAGCCCCCCUCCAUCUCCUCCCCUUCCCUGGAUCUGUCACUGUCAGUUCUGCACUUGGUGGUGCCUCCAGUCUUGAACCCCCUCAUCUACAGCCUGAGGAACCAGGAGCUCAAGGCUGCAGUGUGGACACUGAUGACUGGAUGUUUUCAGGAUACUUUAAACUGCUUUCCAGUUUCUUGAAAUCACUUGUAAUAAAAUUAUUUUUUG